AUGGCCCUAUCAGCAGCAGCUGAGAAGAUCCACACUCUCCUCGCUGAAGAGGAAGAGGCUUUGCUGCGGCAGACUUCUGAUGAUGCAGCAGCAGCAGCAGCAGCAACACCUCAAGCUGCAGCCACCAGCCCCGCAGCAACAGCAGCAGCAGAAGACGCGAUCGCAGAAGCCGAAGCAGCAGCAACAGCAGCAGCAGCAGCAGCAGACGCAAACACCGCAGCAGCAACAGCAGCAGGAAGCAGAACUGCUGCAGCAUGGGCGUGCCCUUCUGCUGCUGCUUUUCUCAGUUGCUGCAAUCUCCGGCUUGAUGCAGCAGUAGCAGCAGCAGCAGCAAACGAAAAUGAUGGGGAUCUAUCUUUUGUAGUUGGAAAUAGCAGCGCAGAUCUUGAUUCGACUGUGUCUGCCAUUGGAUACGCCUUCUGUCUUGAGACCUGCCGCCUACUGCAGCAGCUGGAGCAGCAGCAGCAACAGCAGCAGCAGCAGCAGCAGCAGCAGCAAAAUGAGCUCCCAGUCUUCCUGCCCUUUGUUGACUGUCAGCCGGGCGCCCUUGGGAACAAGCUGCAGGUGGACUGGUGGGUCUCUUCCUGCCUCGGCGCUGCUGCAGCAGCUCAGCUGCUCUUCUUGCCUGACAAAAAGCCGCAGCAGCUGCUGCUGCAGCAGCAGCAGCAGCAGCAGCUAGGGAAGGGACUUACCAGCAUUAAAUUCUGUCUCGUUGAUCACAAUGACUUGGAAGGGGACAAGCAGCAGUGA